GCCCCCCCGCCGUGCCGCCGGCGCUGCCGCCGCCGCCGCCUCCCUCCCUCUGCCGGCGGGCGGCUGCGGGACUCCGGCUGGGCUGCGGGGCGCGGGUGGGCGGAGCGCUCCGGAGUGGAGGAACCAGGGCGCUCCCGGGGCUUUUCGGGGAGCUUAGCGAAGCGGACGGGAGGAGGAGGGAGGUCGGGGCCCGGGGCUGAGAUUUGGGGGGCGGGGGGGUACGGGUAGCCGCCAUCUUCUCGCCAAGCCGGCCUCGCCCGCCGCGCCCGCAGCUCCGGCAGCGCACGGGUUAAGCCUGGCACCGCGCCCCGCGGGGGGGGGACUCCCACCUCCCCUCCCCUCCCCCCCCGUGCCGGGCAUGCGGGGCCCGCUGGGCACAGAGGAGGAGCCGCUGCAGCUGCCCGAGGAGGAGGAAGAGGAGAUGGAGAACGACGAGGACAUGUCAGGACUGUCUCCUUACUCCUCGAAGGGCCUGAGUAACACCCCUGUCUUUUGGUUGCCUCCAGAAGAAGAGGAUGGGGGUCUUGAAGGUCUGGAAGAAUUCUAUCCUGAGGAACCAGUCUGUGUUCCCAAGAAGAAAAAAUCCAAGAAACUCAAGGAGAACAAGACAUCCAAAGUAAAAAGGAGAAAGAAAGAGGUACAAAUGUGGCCCCUUGAUGCUGAGCAGAUGGAGUUGAGGAGGGCUUGGAAUUGGGGAGCAGGGACAUGAGCAUUGGCAGACCCAGGGCAGGCUCUGGCCACUGGGAUGGAUCUUGUCUCUUUGUCUAUAUUGAUACUAAAUAUUUAAUCAUAUUUGUGGAAAGGCAGGGUAAUUAGUAUUGAGUGUGCAACAGAUUGGGAGACUGGAGAAAUGGGUUCUAGACCUAACUAGCUGUGUGACUUUGGGAGAGUUAGUUUCCCUCUUUUGGUCCCAUUUUCCUCAUCUGUUAAGUAGGGAUAUACCCCACCUUGGGCUAGAAAAGGGACCUCAGAGUUCAUCUAGUCUAACUCCCUCAUUUUACAGAUGAGGAAACUGAGUUCUAAUGAAGCUGAGUCCUUAGUCCAAGAUCACUCAGUUGAUAAAUGUAAUAGGCAGGAUUUGAAACCAGGUUUUCUGAUUCCAAAGCUAGGGCUCUGUCCACUGUGCCAGACUGAGUCAUCGGAUGUGAAACAGCGGAUUUAGAAAAGGAUCUAAAGGGCUAUUAUAUAUAGCCUCUUAGUCCAGGGAGGAGGGAGUUAGACACUGUCCUCCGUCUUGGUCAGACAGUAUCUUUAAUAUGUUCAGAGAUGCAUGCCAAAUAUUGUUUUAAAGUCGUGUCUGACUCUUCAUGACCCCGGUAGAUGGUUUGCCACUUUCUUUUCCAUUUCAUUUUAUAGAUGAGGAACUGAGGCAUAUAGGGUUAAGUGACUUGGUCAGAGUCACACAGCUAGCAAAUGUCUGAAGCCAGAUUUGGACAGUGGAAGAUAAGUCUUCCAGACUUCAGGCUUAUUGUGCUUCCUAGCCAACAAAUAUGAGGAGGAAUCAAUCUGGAGAUGGUUCAAAGGAGGACCACGAGGAUAUGGGAGGGCUUUGACCAUGGAGAAAGGGAGAGGAAAAACUUGUUCUUCCUUUAAGUCUCCACCCAAACCUCUUAUUUUUCUUGAAGCCUUCUCCAGCCCCUCUUAUUCUGAGUGUCUUCCUCUGUUCUUUAUUUUCUAUGAUCUAUAUAGCGCUUCCUUUGAAUAUGUUUGUUCGAAUGCUGAUUCCCCCAUUAGGUUGUGAGUUCCUUGAGGGAUGAGACUAUCUUUUGUUGCUCUUUCUCUCUCUCUCUCUCUCUCUCUCUCUCUCUCUCUCUC